UGAAUCCCCUGAGUUGAGAGAGAACCUUCAUGCGAGCAACAAAACAAAAACAAUAAAAGCAGCGAGGUUAGUCAGUCGGCUCUUCGCUCGCCCAAUCUAGACACACCAGUUCUCAGUUCCCAGUUCUACUACACUCUUGGAAUGUGCGUGAUCUCAACAACCUUAUAGCUGCUUCACCUUUUAUCCUCCGUGUAAAGUGAUUUUUCUCAAAUAGUUACAUCUUUUUCCUCAAAUAACUCCGCUCUUUCUUUAAAAUAAAUAGUUGUGAAGUGUCCCGCCACGUAGUGUUGUUAGUUGAGUGUGUGUGUGUGUUUUGUGUGAGUGAAUUUAGUUGGUGUAGUGUUUGAAGUUUUGAGCGUUGUUGGUGGAUAUUGUUUCUGUUUCUUGUGUAAGGAGGAAUAUACCGGCGAUGCUAGCAGGUUGACAACACACCUGGGCUGUGCCUUCAAAUGGACGGAUUUGGCUUGGAGCUAGCCUCGGACAAGGAGAAGCUCUGCUUCUACAACAGCAAAACAGCCGGCUGGAUCCACCGGUAACCUCACCCCUAGCCAGCCCUGCUGUUAUAACCAUGGCAUCAAUCAAGAAGAGCGGGGUAGGCAGUGGGGUGAGUCCCAGCGGGGCAGGGCCCCCUGUGGGGGGUGUUGGUACCCCCACACGACGCAACAGUCAGGUGCGGUCCCCAUGCAUCAAGCGACUGCCCUCGGCACCUGUCACACUGCAAGGGUGGCUGCAUAAGCAGGGCUCAGACGGACUUAUGCUCUGGAAGAAGCGAUGGUUCGUCCUGUCCGACUACUGUCUGUUUUAUUACAAGGGACAAGAAGAGGAGAAGCUGUUGGGUUCCAUCCUGUUGCCAUCGUACCGAAUCUCACCUUGCUCCUCGGAUGACAAGCUGUACAGCCGCAAGUUCAGCUUCAAGGCAGAGCACGCCAACAUGCGCACUUACUACUUCGCGGCUGAAUCCCAGCAACAGAUGGCCCAGUGGAUGAAUGCCCUUAGUCUGGCAUCCAUAUUACAGGAUUCUGCUAACUGUUGGGACGAACACAGAUCCGGAGGCUCAACAAACAACCGCAAUAACAUUAACAACAACAACAACACAUCAGACAGCGACUCAGGCUUCCAACCGAACCAACGUUUGCAACCACACCACACCUACAACGACAUCCCCUCACAGAAUACCAACAACAGUUGGCAGACCUGUCACACCAACAUGCAACUGCCUCCAGGCUACCAACCUUUGUACGCGAAUGCACCUCCGAAACCCAGACGUCUCAACGAUAGUUCUUCGACUGAAAGAUCUCCGGAACGUCACCAUGAUGACGUGGGAGGUAGAACCUCGAGGAUGGGUGCUCAACCUCAACAGGAAACCUAUAACAGGGGAGUUCCUCAACAGGAAACCUAUAACAGGGGUCCAGUGAAUGUUCAACCUCAACAAGGGGUCGUCUAUAAUGCUCAACACUCUCAUCACAGAACUGUGAACAACCUGUACGUGAUCAACAAUAUCAGUAGCUGUAACAACCCUAACGUAGUUUCCACUGCUCAAUUGAUGAAUAACUCUGAGAGGAGAACUCCAGAUACUUAUGGGAGGUCAAAUAACGCAACUCCUUGUGCUCAACAGGCUGUGAGGGUCAAACAACGCAGCGCUGAUUAUGAGGAUGUCUACCAGAAUAAUCCUGAUUUAGUUGCUAACACGAAUGUGCAUCAUAGGGGUUGUCAAUCGCCGUAUCAUCCUGGAGGUAGCAUACCAGGAGGUGCAGGAGGUAGCAUACAAUACCUACCAGGAGGAACCUCUUCAUACCUACCAGGAGCAACAGGAGGUUCAUCUCCAUACCAACCAGGAGGUAGCAUAUCUCAUCAACCAGGAGGAACAUCUUCAUAUCUACCAGGAGGAACAGGAGGUACAUCUCCAUAUCAACCAGGAGUUAUAGGAGGAGCAACAGGAGCCUACCAACCAGGAGUUAUAGGAGGUACCAUAUCCUAUCAACCAGAAGGACCAGGAGCCUACCAGGUGCAAUACAGGAGGUACCAAGCUCAGGAAAGUGUGGAGGAACGCCAGAGGCGGUUCCAGGUGAGACCUCACAGUGCGGACUUCCUAGAGUAUGACACCAGGUACCAUUCCCCCACACCACAGAGUAGCGAGAGAGACUCAUACGACGGCAGACCUGUGAGACCACAGAGUCAGCGGAGGGUUAGUGGUAGUGCUCAGCAGAAACCGCGACCGAAGUCCAGUAUGGAGAUAGCGCAUCCUAGUGACUUUGACACUCAACAGCAUUGGUCAGAGGAGAGUUAUGCGAGGAAAAUGAGACAGAGUGCUUCAUUUGUGGCUCCUCAAAUUCAGGUGCCCAACGCUUCAUCUAGGGCGACUACACCGUCCUUGAAACAGGUGGCUUUUCCUGGUGUAGGGUCGAUGCCUUAUGAUGCAGCCGUCAGUUACAACCAUACCAAAUCACAGGGGAGUGCUACAAUGCGGAGUCAUUGUGAGGUAAUUGAACGCCAAGAACGCAAAUGGAACGACUACGUGGAGAGCCGAGGCACUGUCCCGUUUGUGAGGUCGGCUAGUGCGAGGUUGGCAAGACAGCUGCCCGAUGACCUUGACUUCGACCCCAAGGUCACUCACCCUGAUAACCUCAUGGAAACAGGUCAGCUGGCUUUCAAGCGACGUAACAGCACGGAACCCAGGGAGAGCGGUACAAAGAUUCAACAGAGAGAAGAAUCAAUGAAACGUCUCCUAGAAUGGAAACAGCGUAUGCUGCAAUCCCCGCUCACCCGCAAAAACUCCGGGUCAUCGUCGGCCGGUGGCCGGUCAACCACACACCAGGAGCUCAAACACUACAAGCAACAGCUGGCGUUGUCCGCCGACCAUCAGUCAGCUGUUCAGCUAUCAGCUGUCAAUUCAACAGCUGAUCAGCUGUCAGCUGUUGAUCACCAGCGGGCCGUCAGCACGAUGCCUGAGAUGAGAUCUUCUAGGAGGAAAGAAGACCAGGCGCUGAGAUCUGCUUCUACCAGGAGCCGAGACGACCAGGCGUCGAGAUCUGCUUCUACCAGGAGUCGAUCCCAGGACGGUAGGAGGUCGGCCAGUCUUGCCAACCGUUAUACCAGCUACUCUUCAGACGAUGAAGAGGUACAAGAAUCUCGCGAAUCGUGGAAAAGGACCCGGCGUCUCUCACAACAGCAGCCGAAGACAAUCCGUCCUGACAACUGGGAAGGCAAGCAGGCGGCGGCAAACUACGAAAAUUUGGAAUUGGCGCGCUCCGUCGACCACUCCCCAUCGACCAAUCAGAAGCCGAGCAGCAAUUCGUCCUCCAAUCAGAAGCCGAGAACCGGCGACAGCAGCAACUCAUCCACCAAUCAGAAACCGAGAAUCGGUGAAGCUAAAACGGUGAGCUUUGAAAGGAGUAAUCUAGCUUCCCCUUUCCAAAGUGACACUAAAAAUAGUGGGGUAUCACCACAACAAACCCUCGAUUACAGUGAAACAAACAGCAAAACUCAAAACCCUGGAGAUUUGUUGGAGGCUUCUCAAGAAAACUUCUCCUUCCUACAUUCCCAGCACCGACAACAGAUCUUCAGUAGUAAACACUCGGACAGUGGGUAUGACACCCUCAAAACUGGUCCUACCAUGUCAUCAGAUCCUGAAGUGAGAGAUCUCCUGAAAUUCCGCUUCGACAAGAGCCAGGAUCUUACAGUUUACCCAGUGCAGGUGAAACAGGGCAAACCAGACCCCAGUAAAGAACCGUGGCAAACAAAGCUGGAUGAGUCAAGGUUGAUCAAAGAGUAUUCCUAUCAGUACAUAAAGUUGAGCAAAGAGGAUGGGUCAAACGAGGAUGAGGAUCCAAUGUUGAAACAAGAUGGUUCACCACCACAGAACCUAGUUCAGCAUCGGAUAAAAGCGUUUGAAGGUUCCGGAGAGGAGGAUAAAGAUGAGAAGUGCAAGGAUGGUAAACUGAGGAUGCAAGAUCCGUUGAGAGUGACGUCACCAGUGUAUCAUCCCAAUGAAGCUCAUGUAUCAAUGUUGAGGAGUACAGACAGUCUGACGCCUUCACCUUGUGACCUGAAACAGUCCACCCAAGAAAGUACAAAUCUACGUAGAAUGAGGAGAACAAGUCUCCAUGGAUUUGCUUUGGGUGAUGCAACUUUAGCAUUGGACGAAGAUGCAAAGAUUGUGAUGGAGGAGGAACGUUUCGCAAAGAAAAGUAAUCCGAAAUCAGUGAGGGAUUUGUUGGCUGAUUUUGAGAAGAAGUCUCAGCUAGCUAAGGAGCAACUGGCGGCUGAGGAGCGGAGUAGUGAAGAAAGCCCUGGUAAAAGAUGUGUGUUCAGUGACACAGAAACACUGCUGUAUGAUACAUCCAGUGACGCUGAGUGUCACUCAAAUAGCGGAUCAGUGUUGUCAAAAAUCAGACGCCCAGAAAUGUUGGUGAGUGAGGAUGAUGAGGAGGAUAGAGAUGAGGAAGUAGCUGCAGCUCUGGGAAAACGUGAUACUUUCUUCAGUGCCUGUCGUGACCUUGGCAGGAAAACUGAGACAAAUCCCAAACAGAAAUCCAAAGCAGACAGUAUCGAGCAAGGCUAUCUAGAUGCAAACGGUUAUAAGCGGCUUAGUGUUGCUGAUUCUAUGAUCACCCAUGAGGAUCUAGAAUCACAUUGCAGUUCACCGAAAACUGCACCAAAACGGGCUCCUUCAAGCUUAAACAUUGGAAACGUGAGUGUGACAGAUGUAUUGGAAGAACAUUACAUGCCAAUGACACCCUCAAAGAAAUCUGUUCUGGCUCCCCCCAAUGAAGGUGGUCUAGUAGCUCAUACUAGAAGCAACUCUGCCUCACAAACACUCAUCAUGGAGAAUCUGUUAGUCAAUGAAGAAAGCUCCUAUGUUGAAAUGACUGAAAAUGGAAUGAUUCGCUCUCUGUUAGCUCCUGAAUCCAAUAAAAAGUUUUCAACUAAAUUAGAACUUCAAAGAAUGGUAUCAAACACUGAUUCGGCCUGUUACACUGAGAUCGAUCAAGCAAACAAAAUGGGUUCACCACUGAGUGCUCACUAUGAACUUCUAUACAGAUCUGGAGCUGCAAAUAAUUCACAGACUGAGCCUCUAUACAUGGAAGUCAACUCUUUGCCAAGUGAGGAGAAGUGUUUAGAUGCUGGUGCAUCUCAAGGGGAGAGAUCAGUGAAAUUGAGUCAUGAGUCUCUCAAUAAACGUGAGGAAGCUGGAGAUGGUGCUGAAAACCCUCAUCCGGUUUCAAGAGCUGCCCUACCUGACAUCUUAAACUCUUCCACGAAUGUCACAAAUCAGAAACAAUCAUCCAUCAAGUCCGACAGUUCUGAUGCUGAUGAUGAAGCAUCAAAAGAUUUGGACUCAUUGGAUGCUCCAAGACAUCCUAGAUUCAGUCUUUCUGACACAUUCAGACCAGCUUCCUAUUAUCUGGGUGCUAGCAUGGUUGAGAGAACCUUGGUUGGUAUCAACAAUUCAGAGCAACAAGACUCGUCUGACAGUGACCUGGUUUCACCUCCUCCCAUACCCACAAGCCCUCCUCCAAUGGAUGACUUGGAAACUUCACUGGAAUCAACAAUUGACUUGAAAAAAUCCUCACCUCUACACAAUAUGAAGAAUGACAAAAAGGAUUCCACUGAUGGCCAGAAGGAUUCAAAACUAUGGAACUCAACCUUGUCUCACAGUGAUGAUACAAUCACUGAACACAUGGACAAAUACUUCAGCACUUCGAUUUCAAGACUAGAUGAAACCAUCAGUUCAGAGACUGAUUCAAUUGAAUCGUGUAGGAGGGACAGAUUGAAGCGGCGACCUGUCUCAGCUGAUGUUCUACAUAGUUUGAACAGACCUUAUGAUUUAUUAGAUCUUGAGGAUGGCAUGAAUGUUGAUUUGGAUCAGUAUCUGGCUGAUUUGAAUCUCAUGAGUGAAGUCUCUCACAAUAUGCCUUUGAAUUCCAACCACAGAUUGUAUCAGAGUGAGAAGUAUCUCCCUGGUGAAAUUCCAAGUCAAAGUGUACAAGAUACCAACUCGAGGAAUGUAAAUAGCUAUCAAAUUGACAGUGAUGAGGUGCAAUAUGAGAAUCUUCAACUGAUGUAUCCUCAACCGCCUCCCACAAGCAACUCACUGGAUGAGUUGAGUAUUGAGCACGAUGUAGAUAACGAUACAUAUAUCACUUUGGAAAACCCAAUGAAUUUACCCGAGACCAUGGUAAUGGUUAGGAGACCAGAAGACAACCAAGAAGGGGCUGUUGAUCAGAGUGGUGCACCCUAUUACUAUGCAGACCUCUUGAAGGGUGAUCCCAAUGCAGCCCAUGUUGCAGUGGACAACAUAAACAUUAUGGCCCACAAUUCUAGUCAAGCAGUGAGGAAUCCUCGUGUGGGAUCUAUGUUGAACAAUCAGAGAGAAAGUCCUGUUGAGAUUAUCUGCUCAAACAAACGCAAUGAUGUGGGUCGUAAGGUGAAUCAGAUCCAUGGUGCUGUUGGCAGCACUUACCCCGAAUUGGAACAGAUGGAUGAUGCUGCUAGGUUGGCACUUGAACUGAGAAACUCAGCCAGGUUUUUGAGUGACAAAUCCGAGUUUGUAGAUGAGAGGAACCUGUAUGAAUCAAACACCUUGCGACGAAAAACUGUGUCAAUGUCUGCAGGUGACUACCGCAGUCAAACACCUGAUGCACUAGGAAACACAACUAACUCGCACAACAUCUACCCUCAUGGAAUCCGAGACAAAGAUGUAUCAAGCAGACAAACUACAACUCGGAGACGAAGUCGAUCGUUGGAAGGUCUGCUGGAUGAACCAGACUUCCAGAUCCCACCAGAGCCUUCUAGAAGCACCAGAGUUUCACCAGGCAAUGCUAUCUCCAGACUACUACAAACAACACGUCCUCAAACACAAGCUGUGCGAACAUCAACUGCUAACAUCCCACAGAAUAUUGCUUCAAGUUCGAGAGCACCAGAACCCAGAGCUCCCCCGCCUCCUCCUGAUGUGUGGGAAGAAGACACACUAUGGAGAGAGAAUCUGAGGAGAGCUAGUUUGAGACACACUAGGUCAUUAGAUGAUUUAGACAGAGAUACACCAACUGUUGAAGAGGCACCAGCUGUUCCCAAACAUCAUCAAACUAAUCAACCAGAUCCUCAACAUGUACCAUCAAAUCAACAGGUGUCACCUCAUCAACAAGCACUACUGCAACAACAAUACCACCAGGUUCCACCCCAUCAGACACAAGCCCAACAACAAAAGGUUACACCACAACAUCCUACAAUGGUUCAACAAAAAUAUACUCAAGUACCACCUCAUCAACAACAGUAUCCUCAGGCACAACCAAAUCAACAACAAUAUCCACAAAUACCACAACAAGCCAAACCACAACGAGCAUCGGCCACUCAACAACAAACUACCCCACCACAACAACAGAAUAACAGUUGUAAGUUGAGUAGGGAUGUGACAUAUGUGAAUGACAGUGUAGUCCAUAGACGUGUGAACCAUAGAGAGUAUGAAGAAGAUUAUAGAGAGGGAAGGUCGAAGAUGGCCGCUUCUAGACAACCCCCAAGUGUGAAUGGUGGAGGGGAUGAUGAUGAAGCAUUGUAUGAGAGGUUGGUGAGGGAUGAUAGGGAUGGUAGUUUACGUGGAAAUCAACAACAAAGUGUGGGAAAUGGUGUUGAUGUUAGAGAAGUGGGUGAUUUGGGGAGAACAGGAAGUAGCAGUAAACCAGUUCCAACUGGUUCCAACAGUCAACCACAGCCUUAUAAACCGGUUCCAACUGGUUCCAAUGGUCAACCACAGCCUUUCAUACCGUUUCAAACCGGUUCCAACAGUCAACCGCAGCCUUUCAAACCUGUUCAAACCGGUCCCAACGGUCAGCCACAGCCUUUUAAACCGGUUCAAUCUGGUCCCAACGGUCAGCCGCAGCCUUUUUUAGACAUAGGCUGGUACCCCACCAGACCGCCGUCGUUCGAGAUCGACCGCGAGAAGCUAAGGCAGUGGGACCUGAUGUCCAGCGCCCCAUCAGGCAUGGUUGGAGCGGGCCGCAUGGGGGGACGAAUCCCUGCCAAAAACCCAGCGCUGUCGCCUCCAGGGGCGGACCCAGCUGCCCCCCUGGAUCCCAACCGACCCUUGGACCUGCCGCCAAACAGUUCACAAGCGUCAGGAUCCGGAUCAGUGAUUGGCCGGGACCCCCUCCCACCGCGCACCAUAAUCGACAAGCAGCCAAUGACAGCCAACGGCGUGGCGCAGGGGGCGGGGCUCAGCGCCAGCAGCAGCCAAUCACAGCGCACCGUCUCCCCCUCGCCCCACCAUCCGCCUCUCUACACUCCACCGCCAGGGCCAAUCAUGCGUCAGCCCGAACCCGACCUUUCACACAAGAGGAUUGACGGCCCACCCUGUACAUGGAACCUUCAAAUGUCAGCUGGAGAACUGCUGGGCAGAACUCAUGAGGAACUAGUUCUCUUACUAAUCCAACUCCGCCGUCAGAGCGCAGGUUUUUGCAAGGCCAUGGAAGGAUGUCACAUCGAAAUUGAGGCUCAGGCAAGGCUUGCUGAACUUGAAACACCCAAACGGAUGGAGCAUCUACAGAAGCUUGAGGAUUUGAAGAGGCAUCUUCUAGAAUUGGAAAAACAGUACGAGAAAGGCAAACCGCUAGUGAACCUGGUGGACAACAUGGUGAAGCUAGGCUCGCUGUACAGGGCUGGCUCCACACCAGGCGGCAAACCUGCACAGUCGGCAACCUGCACAGUGAACCUGCACAGUCCCCUGUUGAGAGAGCGACUCCAGUUCAACCACAAGGUGCAAGAACAGAGGUUGUUAGCCGAGCAGCAGAGAGACUGGGACAGGCUUAGUCCCGAUCAUAAUCAACUGCAGGCAAAGGUGGCUCAACUCUAUAGGCUGGAUAAACUGCUACAAGAGGAGAGUGGAACACUGCAUAGUCUACAGCAAGAUAAGGAAAUGCUAGAGCAAGCCCUGGGAGGUCUACGACACAAACUGCAAGUGAUCGACAACAACCCGGUGGAAGCAGAGCGGUAUCGCAAGCAGCAGCGACUACUGGAGCGGGAACUGACGCGCGUCAGGUCCAUUCUGGCUCACAACUCUAAGAAACUGGAGGAGACUGUGGCAGAAAACGCUAGGCUGGAACAGGAGUUGGUUGUACUUAGACAGAAGGUACAAACAUCUCGCCGUAUCCCAGACCCGGCGACUGGACCGACUACAGCCGCGCUGGAAGCCGAGUUACGUCGCGUUCAGACUCUGGUGGGAGAUCUACAGCGUCAGCGACAUGAGCUCAGCAUACAAGUGCGACAGCUCACCGACAAGAGUCGAUCGCUCAGUCAGCAAAUUCGUCCCGGUCCCACUGGAGUCGCAGCUCAUUAUGAGAGUGACUACUAUGAUUAUUAUUGGCCCUAUUACUUGCCAGGAGCAGGUGCUUUGAUGGGUAAGAAGCGACCGCUGCACACCAGCUGGCUGGAGACUGACCUUGACUCUCAGGUGACGCGUGACCUUGGCAUGGAUGCGCGUGACCUUGGCCUAGAUUCUCCCACCCCUACCUCACCAACACCUCCUCCACCCCCUCCACCGCUCUAUGUCAACACUGAUAAUGAUAGUUCAGCUGCUGUGAGUCCUACAAACAUCAGCUCUAAUAAUUCUGAAUUGGCGAGCAGAGACGACAUGAGCCAUCAGAUGCAGUACUGCCGGCCGAUGGACAUAAGCGAGGCAGACGACCGCAUCAAGCGGUUCUACGGCAUCAUACCCAAGGACAAACCGCAGGAAAUCAAGACGGUGCGCAUCGUGAAGCGCGAAUCGGAGAGGCGACAGAGAGACAGGGAUAGGAGCGGCAAUAUCGGCAUACCGCUCACUAAUAACAACAUCCCCAACAAACGGUUGCCCUACCUUGAUGAGUACAGUAAUGAGCAACCAAUGACAACAUCAUCGUCAUCAUCAUCGAUGACGUCAUCGGUGACGUCAGUGCUGACCAAAGUGAUGGAGGAGGAAACCCCCUCCUCCUCAGUACCCCCUCCUGCACCCUCGCCACGCACCGAUUCUGUCAACGCCAUACGAAACCUGGUCAACAGGCAGCAAAUGCAAUUGGCUAAAUCCAAGUUUGACCUGAUGAACGGUGGUAGCAGCAGUAACAGCAGCAGCAAUCAGCUGUCAGCUACCGAACAGCUGUUUGGUCCAGCUUCCCCGCAGCUGACAGCUACCGAUCAGCUGUUUUCGUCGCAGCUGACAGCCACUGAUCAGCUGUUCUCACCGCAGGCAACCAAUCAACUAUCACCCCGAUCAGCUGUUCUCGCGACAGAUCAGCUGUUUUCACCUCAACAGUCUGCGAGCGAUCAGCUGUUUUCGCCGCAGUCGACAGAUCAGCUGUUUUCGCCGCAGCUAUCGCCCGUCUACCAGAGCGAGGCUGCGAGGCAGAUAAUCGAGGAGAUGAGUGCCUCGAGGCAAGGUGGCUGUUCGUCGAACAAACGCCUCGUGCCUCGCGAGAAACGUCGGCACCACACUGUUUCCGGGAGGCCGCUCUUCAGGAUAGACACUUCUUAUGCUGCCGGAGGCUCCAGGGACGACCUAGACAUGGAACGCGCUCUCAGACCACGCCUGAACGCUCCCGACGUUGUGCGGUCCACGCUCAGCCGCGUCGACACCAAGUUCUCUUCGGAGACCAUUGAUAACCUCCUGGGAACUCCCAACAAGAUCCUGAUUCCCGAGCGGUAUGUGCCUGAGACAUCCCCAGAGCUGACUGUUGAAGAGCAGGCGAAACGAAGCAAAAAAGCAGAUGCUAUCAGGAAGAUGUUGUCUGAAACUACAAGCACUGGGACUAUUGUUAAUCAGGAUCCUGUGUCGCCUAAUGAAGCAGAAAACGAUUUGGAAGAAGAGAAGUCGUCAACGCUCAAAAAGAAGGUGCAGGAAGAGAAACGCCAGAGAGAGCAUCUUCUACAGCUCAAUCAAAUUCUCGCACAGCAAGUCAUGGAAAAAAGUAAAAUUGUGGCAGUGAAAGCGCUCAAAAACCUUCCAUUGGAACUCGAGAAGAAGAGAGAGAUGGAAGCCGAUGAAGACGAUCUCUCUCCGGCCGAUCCUCUCCCUCUCUAUCAACAAAGAGAACAAUUCUUCUCUUAACGCUCACUUAGAAUAAUUGAUCUCAAUAAUAUCACAAUUAUUCACAUUUCCACCAUCAGAUUUAUCUGACUUCAGAUACUGUUGUUAGUGGGAUUUGGUGAUAUUUAUCCAUAAUAAAACACUAGAUUGUUGUCUAGAAAUAUCACUAAUUUAUUUAAAACUAGCAGGUAACCCGUGCUCCGCAAGAGUCUAAUUAAAAACUGGACAAACUGGAAACUU